AUGUCGUGCAAUUUCGACACUGACUGCCCGGAUGGAAAGAUCGCCUGUAUUCUGACGUACAAUGGUUGUGGGCAAGAUAUUGCCAUUAAUUAUGCGUUGUUGGCGACGCAGGCUCCGGCCUUUUACAUGUGUGCUGGCAGCUACACCGUGCCGGUGUUUGCAUUCUUCGCGAUAUUUCAGGUGGUGUUGUGCAUGUUGGCCCACUGUUCAGGGGUUUCUGUCGUGUGGUGUGCCAUACUGGGCUAUUGCGGUGCAGUUGCAUACAAGGCCAGGUACUGGACCACCAGGAAGAGAACACAUAGCUAG